AUGGUCAAGUUGCAUGCUCUUCUUCUCGCCUCUCUGGCCUUGGUUCACUCGGUCACAGGCCAGACCAUAAUUAUAGAUGGCGUUGAAGUCGAUGCCACAGAAGAUAAUGUUGCUCCAGCUGUUGAGCAGAUCCAAGGUGAUCUUCUUCCAGAAGAGACCAAGCAGUUGACCGACGAUGUCCUCUUCAAUCUGACUGAUCUUGGCCUGACAAACAUCUCGUACUUUUACUAUGACGAGGCCUCAUCUGUCCAGCGUCGGUCUCUUGGGCGGUGCAAGACGUACCCUGGCGACCUCUUCUGGCCGCACAAGAUUGCCUGGCAGGUCUUUGACCUCCUUGUCGGAGGAGCUCUGAUCAAGACGACGCCUCUGGCUUCUCCAUGCUAUGACGACUUUGGCAAUCAGAAUACCGCCAAGUGCGAGGCCAUCAACUCAAAGUGGACUGAUUCCAUGAUGCACAUUGCUGACCCCACGUCGGCCAUGAGCCCCCUUUACCAGGGACUUACCUGUCUCCCCUCUGGUAACUACACCGACGACUGCACGUUGGGAGGCUAUCCAGAAUACGUGGUCAAGGCCACCAACGUUGCCCAGAUCCAGCUCGCCGUCAACUUUGCUCGCACCUUGAACAUCCGCCUCGUAGUAAAGAAUACAGGUCACGACUUUAUUGGACGAUCGCUCGGCUCAGGCUCCCUUUCCAUCUGGACGAACAAACUUAAGAGCAUCAAAUUCUACUCCAACUACAAGAGCGGCUCCUACUCUGGACCCGCCAUGAGAGUCGGUGCAGGCGUUAUUGGCCAGGAGCUCUACGAAGCAGCCGACAAAUAUGGCGUUACCGUUGUCGGAGGCGAAGGCAAGACAGUUGGCUUCGCAGGAGGCUACAUCUCGGGCGGCGGUCACUCUCCACUGUCACCUUUGUACGGCCUCGCCGCCGACCAAGUUCUCAGCGUCGAGGUGGUCACAGCCGAUGGCCGAUUCGUCACGGCGGACUCGAAGCAGAAUUCCGAUCUCUUCUGGGCCCUACGCGGCGGUGGUGGCAGUACCUUUGGCGUCGUAACUUCGUGGACCGUCAAAGCACACCCCAAACUCUCCGUCACAUCUGUCGCCAGCUUCGCCUUCGGCAUCGACGGUGGCACCAUCACGUAUGAGGCUUUCUGGGAGGCUCUGCGUGCGUACUGGGAGAUGAUCCCUGUCUUCAACGCUCGCGGUAACUACCAGUACUGGUUCGUCUGGCCGGCGGGACCUCGUAAGGCUACCUUUGUCAUGUCACCCUGGUUCGCACCCAACAUGACGGUCUCGGAGGCUGAGGAGCUCACUGCACCGUUGUUCAAGAAAUGGGCUUCCCUGGGCAUUAAGGUCGAGCCAAACUGGUCUCAGCACUCGAGUUUCCUCUCGGCUUGGUCUACUGGCUUUCCUGUCGAGCCCGUCGGCUCCUACGGUAACAAGAUGGCUUCGCGCCUCUUCCCAGACGAGAACCUUCAAGACCCUGCCAAAUUCAAUGCCACCUUUGAAGCUCUCAAGGGCCUCUCGGAUCGUGGCGGCACACUCAUUGGGUUUGGUAUCACAGCCGGCCCCGGCCCUCACCCUGACAACGCCGUGAACCCAGCCUGGCGCGACGCAGCCAUGUUUGUCAUCUCAUGGGUAACAUGGGCAGCCGACACCCCACUACAGCGCAUCGCAGAGCUGAGCAGGGAGCUGACCGAGGUGUGGAUGCAGCCUUGGCGCGACGCAGCACCAAACUCGGGUGCGUACGCAAGUGAAGGCGAUGUCACGGAGCCAGAUUUCCAGAAGUCUUUCUACGGUAACAAAUAUGCGCGUCUGUACCAGAUUAAGCAAAAGUACGAUCCCCGGGGCCUGUUCUACGCUCAAGUUGGCGUCGGUAGCGAGGACUGGAACGUGGAGGGGCAGAUCAAGGGACUCCCUACGCAGAAUGGUCGAUUGUGCAGUGUUAAAUGA